AUGAGUUCUAUUGUGUCCCUUUCUGAUUUACCACAAGACACCAUUGUCGAUAUUCUCUCCAGGCUUCCCACCAAGUCUAUCAUCCAUUGCAGGUCUGUCUGCAGAACCUGGCGCAAUCUAAUCUUAGACCCUGGUUUUGCUGGCCUACAUCUGUCUAGAUCACCCACCAGCCUUCUUAUUCACCAACUUCAUACUCAGUCAAAUGUUUUCAAGUUGAUCGAACUUGAAGAUGAACAUGACCACCAUGGUCUUUGCUCUGACCCAGUGAUGAAAUUCGACCUCGGAGCCUGCCUCCCAAAUGUUCAGAUAAUUUCUGUGGGUUCUGUUAACGGCUUUGUCUGCCUAUGUCAAUACAAUCCUGAUGAAACUAUAUACAUUUUCAAUCCAACUAUGCGAGAGUAUGUUACCCUUCCAAAGACAGAGUACAUAAGAAGAUCCCCCAUGGUGAUCGAUUAUGGGUUCGGAUUUAGUCCGGUUUCUGGUCAUUACAAGGUGGUACAGUUUUGUCAACAGCCGAUAACCGAUACGGGAUUGCUGCCAUAUUCAUACAAGAUCGAAGGUAAGAUCUAUACAUUAGGAACUGGAAGAUGGAGAAACAUUGAAAGUGUCCCAUUCUCGUCUCUUGGUGAUGGUGGUGUUUAUUUUAAUGGCUUUCUUCAUUGGGUAAGUGGUGAAUUCGGCAGUCCUGCAUCAAUAUGUUGUUUUGAUGUUGAGAAAGAGGUAUUUCGAACAGUCUCUUCUCCUCCUCAGAUUACACCGCAAUGGAAGAUUAGUUUGGGAUUGGUAGGAGGUUGUUUAUCUGUGUGCGAUAACACUUCAAAAUCUGAACUUGUCAUAUGGGUAAUGAAGGAAUAUGGAGUCAAUGACUCAUGGACUAAAAAGAUUGUCAUUAGGAUGAACCCUGACAUAGCCUGGCUGUCAUAUCAAGCAGUUCACGCAAUAAAAAUGUGGAAAGAUGGGGAUAUCUUCAUGUUCUUUUACGAUGACGUUUUGUUCUCGUAUAGUCCUCAAAGGAAAACUCUGGAGAAACAUGAUUUUCCAAAGGACUAUGCAAGAAUAGACAAAAACAUAGAAGUGAUGCUUCACGUUGAAAGCUUUCGCUCGCUCAGGGAAUUCUCGAAAGAGAAAAUCACCGUGUUCUGA